CACAAACCUCAUCCAACUGCCAAGAUAGAAAAGUGCAGAGAUCAAUCUUCGCAAAUAUGUCUCGAGCAGGCCAUUGCAACUGCGGAAGCAUCAGUAUAGAGUUAAAGGAGGAGCAGAGAUUAAGCUCGUUGGUCUGUUACUGCCGCGGGUGUUCUAGAGCAGGAGGCGGCUACUCUGUCAAUUACGUUGUUGACGAUGCCGAUCUCGACAUUCACGACGCUCGCAGCACGUUGAAGACGUAUAUCGACAAGAACACGGAUAGUGGAAAUGAAGUUCAGCGCCUAUUUUGUGGUAGUUGUGGCAGUCCGGUUUUGACGAGGAGCCCUAAAUACCCAGGAAAGGGUUUCCUCAAGGCAUCUUUGUUUGAUACUAUGGCUGCGCCAUCUGCAGAGGUUUAUACAUCGCGUCGGGAGGUUUGGCAGCCAGCGAUUGACGGGGCGGUGUCAAGGUAGCUAUGAGAAGCCCAACG